UACAAGAAAUUAAGGUCUCUUCUUACCCGGUGAUGUGAGAGAGGAUGUGUGUAUCUAGGUCGAUCCUCAAUACAAGAAAUGAAAGUCUCCUCUUACCUGGUGAUGUGAGGGGAGGCCGGUUCUCCAUCGUGAUGUCCUUCUACAGAUCCUUGUGUUCCUCAAAAUACUCCCACACCUCUAUUGUUUCUGUCUUUCUAUCAGAGGAUGUGUGUAUCUAGGUGGAUUCUCAGUACAAGAAAUUAAAGUCUCCUCUUACCCGGGGAUGUGAGGGGCGGCCGGUUCUCCAUCAUGACGUCC